AUGGCCGCCCCCAUGAAACAAACGUUCCUUGCUCAUGUUGUUUAUUUACAAAUAUUAUGUGCAAUGUCAGGUAUGUUAUAUCCGCGAAAUUCGAUAUCACGGACAGUUUUCCAAAAUUUAGACGGUAUGUGGAAUUUCAGAAUUGAUUCAUCGGAGAAUAAGUUCCAGGGAUUCGCAGAAAAAUGGUACUCAAGACCGCUCCAACAGAGUGGGCCUGUUAUACCUAUGCCAGUCCCAGCCAGCUACAAUGACAUUACCCAGAGUAAGGAACUACGGGAUUUUGUGGGGUGGGCUUGGUAUGACAACGAAUUCUACGUCCCACCAGAAUUCACCUCAAAGAGGAUUGUAUUGCGAAUUGACAGUGCACAUUACAACACCAUUGUAUGGGUGAAUGGGCUGGAGGUGAUGCAGCAUUCUGGAGGCCACCUGCCAUUUGAAACAGAAUUAAAAAAAUAUAAUACAAAUGGCCCUAAUAGAGUGACUGUAGCUAUGAAUAACACUCUGACCCCCACAACCCUACCCCCAGGGACCAUUGAGUACAAAAAUGAUCCACUCAAGUGGCCUAAAGGAUAUUUUGUCCAAAAUCUACAGAUGGAUUUUUUCAACUAUGCUGGGAUUCAUAGAUCUGUAAAAGUGUAUACCACACCGAAAGUUUAUAUCGAGGACAUCACCAUAGUAACUGAUAUACAAGGAAGUAAUGGUGUGGUUAGUUAUACAGUGACACCAAACAUGGCUUCCAUGGUUCAAUCAAUCCAAAUAACCAUCCUAGACAAGCAGGGUAACUCUGUUGGGAAGAGCAGUCAGCCACAGGGGAAGAUAGUUGUACACAAUGCCAACCUAUGGUGGCCCUACUCCAUGGUGAACUCAUCAAAUGCCACUGCCUAUCUAUAUACAUUUCAGGUGACCUUGACCUCAACAUCUGCAGAUACAGAUCAGUACAGUCUCCCAUUUGGUAUCCGCACUGUGUCUAACACCAACACACAGCUUCUGAUCAACAAUAAACCAUUCUACUGCCAUGGAGUUGCUAAACAUGAGGAUGCUGAUAUCAGAGGCAAAGGACUAGAUUAUCCAUUGAUUGCCAAGGACUUUAAUCUACUGAAGUGGCUGGGUGCUAACUGUUUCAGGACAUCUCACUACCCCUAUGCUGAGGAGAUUAUGGACCAAGCUGACCAACAGGGCAUCGUGGUUAUUGAUGAAAGUCCAGGUGUAGGGAUAGAGAAAGGUAACUUUGGUAAUGAGUCUUUGGCACACCACCUAAAUGUAAUGGAUGAAAUGAUUCAGAGAGACAAGAACCGCCCAGCUGUGAUCAUCUGGUCUGUAGCCAAUGAACCAAAGUCUGGGCUUCCAGAGGCAGAGUUCUAUUUCAAGACAAUUUUACAGCAUGUAAAGAAAUCAGAUCCAACUAGACUUGUUACUUUUGUUGCCAAUGCUGAUUAUGAGGAAGAAAAAGUUGCCCAGUACAAUGAUAUCUUGUGUAUUAACCGUUACUAUGCUUGGUAUUCUGACUGUUCACACACUGAGCUGAUUAAUCUACAACUGACCAAUGAUCUCAAAGCUUUUCAUAAUAAAUACAAUAAGCCAAUCAUUGUCACAGAAUAUGGAGCUGAUACAAUUCCAGGAUAUCACCAGGACCCAUCCUUUGUGUUUACAGAGGAAUUUCAGGUGGAGUUUCUUCAGGAAUAUCAUAAGGUUUUUGACAGUCUGAGACAAGAGUUCCUGAUAGGGGAAAUGGUUUGGAAUUUUGCUGAUUUCAUGACUAUUCAACAGAUAACUCGUGUGGUGGGGAAUAAGAAAGGAUUAUUUACUCGCCAGAGGCAACCAAAGAUGUCUGCACAUUUAAUUAGGUCCAGAUAUAAAAAUCUAAUGUACACAAACAACACUCAUCGUGGUGGCUUCCAUGGACAUAGCAACAACAUCCAAAAUGUCUUUCAAUCCGUUACUGUUCCUGUUGGGUAAACUGAAUCAGUGAUUCACAAUAUACUUACAUUUACAUGUACUUCAGGCAUUGUUUUCAUUGAAUGAUCAUAGUGAACACUUAAAGUAACUGACAGUAAAAUUAUAUUUUGAGUAAGUUGAAGUGGAAUCUCAGUACUUUGUGUCAAAAGUAUUCCUAGUCAAUGGUGCUACUAUUAUUUUUUAGAAAUUAGAAUUUGAGACAAAGAUAAUUGAUCUGUGUGUUUGCAAACAAAGGGAAUCAAAUUGUAAAUAAUACUUUAUGUGUUUGCAUGCGUUUUUUUAUUAUGCUCAUAAAUUAUGGCAAAGAAUGUUUCUGAGACCUAGCAUAUAGAGCUAACAUUUUUAUACCAAUUUUUAUAUUUUUAUUCCAUGUUAUCUGAUUUUUUUAAAAUAAAGUUUAAAGUUUUCAA